AGAGUUCAGAAACUUGGAGAUAUAAUCCCAGUUCCAACCCCAAUUCACUUUACAUCCGUAAAUCCCAAAAACCAUGGCAUCAGCAGUGAAACAUGAAGCAUCUUGCAUUUUUUGCAAGAUUAUCAAAGGUGAGAUUCCAUCAUUCAAGCUGGUUGAAACAGCUCACUCUUACUCGUUCCUAGACAUCCAGCCAACAGCAAAGGGCCAUCUGUUGGUGAUUCCAAAGUACCACGGCGCUAAGCUGCACAAUCUUCCGGAUGAAUAUCUCCAAGACAUUUUGCCAGUGGUCAAGAAAUUGACGGUUGCGUUAGGCCUUAACGUUGAUGGUCCAGAAGGUGCUGGCUACAACGUUUUGCAAAACAACGGCAGAAUUGCACACCAAGUAGUCGACCACGUCCAUUUCCACUUGAUUCCAAAAAGAGACGAAGCCACAGGGCUUAUCGUGGGCUGGCCCGCCGAAGAUGCCGACAUGUCUGAGUUGGCUGCAUACGCAAAGGAGUUACAGGCCAAGUUGGCAUGAUUGAACUACCGGCCGAAAUAUCAUCAAAUAAUGCGUGAACGUUUAUAAUUA